ACUCACUCCUACACACUCACAUACACUUGCACACAUCCCCCUCCCUCCCCUCCCCCCCAUUACACUCACACACCUCCCGACCCCCUACACUCACGCCCAGACACCCGGGGAGAAGGAGGGGGAGGGAAAAAAGGGGGAAAAAAAAAAAUCCCCAGCUGAUCCGACACAAAGAGAAGAUCUCUUCCUCCAGUCCACCUUUGUCGCCUUCUCCUCCGCCUGGAUCUAUUGAUUUUUGCAGCUGUGCACAGUCAUGGAGAGCGAGAAUUUAGCAAACUAAAUUCACUGGAAGAACCGAGGAUCGAGGGAGACCCCCCCCUUCCCCCCAAAAAAGAAAACGAGAGGAGACCCAUGGGGAGGGGAUUUUCUGAAGAUUGAAUUCGGAAUUUUGCUUUCUCAUCUUUUGGUGCUUAAUUUUUACACCCCCCCACCUUCUUGGGGGGUGGGGGGGGUGGGAUUUUGCAGGAUACGGAUCCCCCCCCUCCUCUCUUUUUAGGCUGGCAAUUUUCCCUUUCGCCAGGUGGGAAGGAAAAUAAUCGGCAAUGGAUUUUAAUAGCGGUUCCGGAGGGGCCAGCGAUCACAGACAGAUAGAGGAAACGAAGCCGUUGCUGGGCGAAAUGUCUGCUACCGAGGGGAAUAAAAUGGGUGCUGUUCCUUGUAGAAGGACCCUUCUGCUCUGCAACGGGAUGAGGUAUAAACUGCUGCAAGAAGGGGACAUUCAGGUUUGUGUCAUCAGACACCCCAGGACAUUUCUGAGCAAGAUCCUCACGUCCAAAUUUUUGAGGAGGUGGGAACCUCAUCACUUGACUUUGGCGGAUAAUAGCCUGGCUUCAGCCACGCCAACCGGGUACAUGGAAAACUCUGUUUCCUACAGUGCUAUUGAAGACGUUCAGCUGCUGUCCUGGGAGAACGCUCCUAAGUACUGUUUACAGCUUACAAUUCCCGGGGGGACCGUUUUACUUCAGGCCGCCAACAGCUACCUGAGGGAUCAGUGGUUUCACUCCCUGCAGUGGAAGAAAAAGAUUUACAAGUACAAGAAGGUGCUGAGCCACCCCAGCCGCUGGGAAGUCGUCUUGAAAGAGAUUCGGACGCUGGUGGACAUGGCCCUGACCUCUCCCCUCCAGGACGAUUCCAUCCAUCAGGCACCUCUGGAGAUUGUUUCGAAACUGCUCUCCGAGAACACCAACCUGACCACUCAAGAGCAUGAAAACAUUAUUGUGGCGAUCGCCCCUCUCCUGGAAAAUAAUCAUCCUCCGCCAGACCUGUGUGAAUUUUUCUGCAAGCACUGCAGAGAGCGGCCUCGGUCCAUGGUGGUUAUAGAAGUGUUCACCCCGGUGGUACAGAGAAUCCUCAAACACAACAUGGAUUUUGGGAAGUGUCCUCGGUUGAGGCUGUUUACUCAGGAGUACAUUCUUGCCUUGAAUGAACUGAAUGCCGGCAUGGAGGUGGUGAAGAAGUUCAUCCAUAGCAUGCACGGCCCCACUGGGCAGUGCCCCCAUCCCAGGGUCCUGCCAAACCUGGUGGCCGUCUGUUUAGCAGCCAUUUACUCGUGCUACGAAGAAUUCAUCAACAGCCGGGACAACUCCCCGAGCCUGAAAGAAAUCCGCAACGGCUGCCAGCAGCAGUGCGACCGCAAACCCAACUUGCCUCUGCGCCUGCUCCACACGAGCCCGGACCUGGUUUCGCAGGAAGCCGCUCUGGCCGAGUCCCGCCUCAAGGCGGUCAUCGUCACGUCCAGCGAGAUCCACGUGGAGGUGGAGCGCAACAACGCGGCCAACCAGAAGAUGACGGCCAGCGUGGGGAACGACAGCGAGCCCAACCUCAUCGACUGCCUGAUGGUCAGCCCCACCUGCAGCACCAUGAGCAUCGAGCUGAGCGCCCGCGCCGACCGCAUCCUCGGCUGCUUCGUGGAGAUCCUCAAGAUGCUGUCAGACUACGAUGACUGGAGACCUGCCCUCGCCAGCCUGCUUCAACCUAUUCCAUUCCCCAAGGAGGCUCUUGCGCAUGAGAAGUUCACCAAGGAACUGAAGUAUGUGAUUCAGAGAUUUGCCGAAGAUCCUCGCCAAGAGGUCCACUCGUGCCUGCUGAGCGUGCGGGCUGGCAAGGACGGCUGGUUCCAGCUGUACAGUCCCGGUGGGGUGGCGUGCGACGACGACGGAGAGCUCUUUGCCAGCAUGGUUCAUAUCCUGAUGGGAUCCUGCUACAAGACCAAAAAGUUCCUGCUUUCGUUGGCUGAGAACAAACUGGGCCCCUGCAUGCUGCUGGCUCUGCGGGGGAAUCAGACCAUGGUGGAGAUUCUCUGUUUGAUGCUGGAAUACAACAUCAUCGACAACAACGACACCCAACUACAGAUCAUCUCUACCCUGGAGAGCACAGAUGUGGGGAAACGGAUGUAUCAGCAGCUCUGUGACCGGCAGAGGGAGUUGAAAGAGCUGCAACGGAAAGGGGGACCCACUCGAUUAACACUGCCAUCCAAGUCUACAGAUGCCGACCUGGCCCGCCUGCUCAGCUCCGGCUCUUUCGGAAACCUGGAGAACCUGAGCCUGGCCUUCACCAACGUGACCAGUGCCUGUGCCGAGCACCUCAUCAAACUGCCUUCCCUCAAGCAGCUGAAUCUGUGGUCCACCCAGUUUGGAGAUGCUGGUUUGCGGCUGCUCUCCGAACACCUGACCAUGCUGCAAGUCCUGAUGUGCGAGACCCCGGUCACUGAUGCCGGCCUGCUUGCCCUGAGCUCAAUGAAGAGCCUCUGUAGCUUAAACAUGAACAGCACCAAACUCUCGGCGGACACCUACGAAGAUCUUAAGGCCAAGCUGCCCAACCUGAAAGAAGUAGACGUCCGCUACACCGAAGCAUGGUGAAUUCUCGCUUUCUAUAGCUUGGGACAAAGAAGAAAAAGAUUGGGGGAAAGCAAACUUUCAGCUAAUUCCUUUAAAGCAGCGAUCUGUGGGAUGGCAGGAUCUUGGAGUCGUGGAUGUGAGAGGGAGGGGUAGUCUUUCUGGGGCCGA